GCCGUGGACCCGCGGUAGAUUCGUCUCGCUCUCGCUCUCGCCUCUCUGUGAUACUUGGGCGCCGCCGAUUCGGCAGGUGGGGAGGAGAAGAGCAGCGAGCUCCGGCUACCGGAGCAGGAGAGGGGGGGGGGGAAGAGAUGCCGACGCUGACGAAGCUGUACGGCAUGGAGGAGGCGGCGCGCCACAACACCCCGGACGACUGCUGGGUCGUCGUCGACGGCAAGAUUUAUGAUGUCACCAAGUAUUUGGAUGACCAUCCUGGGGGUGCUGAUGUUCUUCUCGAGGUUACCGGUAAGGAUGCGAAGGAAGAAUUUGAUGAUGCGGGGCACAGCGACAGUGCCAAGGAGCUAAUGCAAGAUUAUUUCAUUGGGGAGUUGGAUCCGACACCCAGCAUCCCUGAGAUGGAGGUUUUCAGGAAGGAGCAGGAUGUGGGCUUCACAAGCAAGCUGUUGGCCAAUGCAACACAGUACUGGGCUAUUCCAGUGACAGUAGUCGGGAUAUCAGCCGUUAUUGCUGUAUUGUAUGCACGCCAGAAAUGAUAAUCCUUUGUUACAUUGAUUGAAGGGCUAUUUGUGAGGCGUUGAGGGAAGCUGGCCCAUUUUUACCUGCUCAUGGAUGGUCAUAUGUAUUUCUGUCCAGAGCCCAAAAGGUUACAAACAUUGAGUCCUUAGGUACAUUAAUUCAAGUAUUUGUCCAAAAUUGAUGAAAACUAUUUUGUCGAGGUGACAAUCAUUCGAUGAAUCAUUGGAUUCAAUACUAUUUAGACAUCCUUGAGCCAGCUACUGGCAAAACAAAAUUCCAUGCAGCUGUUGCUGCUUUUGAAAUU